GUUCGAUUUCGUGAUAGUGAAUGUGCAUGGUUCUAGAACAAUCCUAAUUGAAGACUGGUUCAAACACCUGUAUUCAAUAACUAUAAAAGUCCUACUUCUUGCAAGACCAUUUCAUUCACGGACAUCCUAAUGAGUUUGCCCUUGUAUCGCAUGUGCUUGUGGCCUUUGAAGAGAGGACGGAAAUUGCUAGCAUUUGCGCUAGUGUACCUGGCGGUUUCAAUACUCUAUUUUUUCGUGAUUGGUUGGUCGGAUUCGUCCGCUCUGGAAACGUUCCCCUUAGAUAACCAGAAUUUCCUCCAACGGGACCUGGACGCCAGAGACACUUUAGUCAAUGCUCUCUCGCUUGUGAGUUGUUCCAAUAGUCAGUCUUUUAACAAUGACACUUUGAGGCGACAGUUUCGGCAAUAUCUAACUGAGUCGGCCAUCAUUAAUCGAACUCGCAAUUGUAAUUCCUACUUCAAAAUCAUCCAAACCCUGGCCUUUGAGGAUAUCACUCCCGAGGAACGGGACUAUCCGAUUGCUUAUGGCCAUCUCAUCAACGGACAAGUGGGCACGUUCGAGCUGUACCUCGCGGUCCACUUUCGUCCCUGGGACACCCACUGCAUUCAUGUGGACCCCAAGGCCAACGAAGCCACGCAUCAGGCCAUUGAGGGCUUAGUCCGUUGUUACAGGGAGAAGUUCAAAGGCACCUCGUUCUUCAUCGCCAAGCACCCUGUGCCGGUGAUUUGGCAAGACGAAUCCGUGCUACGAGCCGACUUGAUCUGCCUGCAGCAAUCCAUACACAAGAAUGAGCAUUGGAAGAUGUAUUUGAACUUGGCCUCGUCCGAGUUGCCUUUGAUGUCGCACCAAGAGUUUCGCAAGCAACUGGCCCAGGCCAAUACUAAUGUGAUCGAUGUAGGGCCCAACGAGAACUCGGAGCGGCAAACUCGACUCAUGGGGAUCAGAAGAGGUGGUCCGGAUGAAACCAACCUUGAGCGGGAGUGGAUGGGCGAGAACCCGUACGCUCCACCCUGCAAUAUCAUGAUCAUGAAAGGCUACAAGAAUGCAGCACUCACCAGAGAGUUUGCCUCCUUCGUUUUGAACCAUCGGGUCUCUUUGGAAUAUUUCAAUUGGUUGAAGAACACGGAGUGUCCAGAUGAGCACUAUUACUCCACUUUGGCCACUUUAGAAGUGGAGAGUGAGGUCAACCAAACCCAGGACAAGCCCCAUAAACUCACGUUGAAACAGAAUCUUAAAGACGAUGGACCAUUCAGCGACAAAACCUGUUAUCGCAAGUUCGAAUGGAUCGGUGGAUGGGCGCAGAAGAAAUCCGAGGAACCCGAUGGUCCCGAAGAAGAUCGAACCGUGUUUUUGGACCGUUGUAACUUGGUGGAGGACACCUGUCAAGACGUCAAAUACAUUUACUCACCUCCCUCGGCUCCCGAUGAUGAGGUUCAUAAUUGGCUAGGGCACAAUUGGUUGGGGCAAGUGUGUCUUCGAAAGAGCCUUUGGUAUUAUCCGGAGUGCAAAGGUCGGCAAAUCCGCCGGAUGUGCCAUUUUGGCGUCGAAGACUUAGACCUGGUUCGCAAGGGAAACUGUCUCUUUGGCAAUAAGUUCAAUAUCAAUGUGGAUGUAGCGGCCAUCAUGUGUCAAAUCAAGGAGCUCCGAACCAAAGCCAACGAGGUCGAUCCGUCUCUUAGUCAUUGAUUUCAAUUGUUAUUCUAGCUUAUACCUUUGGGCACUUAUUCCCUUUUUGUUCAUAUAAUUGUUGUUGUGAUGGCAUGAAUGUUGGCAGGUAAAUGCUCAAAAAUACAUUUGCUUGUGAGGCGUGGAUCACAACUUUGAACUGACAA